AUGCUAUUAAUUCUUUUACUAUACUUUUAAUUUCGCUUGAUCAAAACUUUUGUUUCUCUGUACGAUCUCUGUCAGACACAAUUGGGUGAUACAGAGCAGUCGCACGCGGAAAGGUUGGCCAAUCUAGCCAGCCGUCAUCGGGCGGAGAGUGAGUUAGAACUUGAGCGACUGCGUACAAGUCAGGCACAAUCGGAGCGCACACUUGAGGCCAGAGAACGAGCUCAUCGUCAACGUGUCAAGGGGUUAGAAGAACAGAUCACCACUCUUAAAGACCAACUCGGACAAGAGGUGCGCAAAAGGUCUUCGCGGUCCAGUGUGCGUUAUGGACUAAGCAUGAGUCAAGCCAGCCUGGGUAAUCUGCUAUCUGGUGGUGAACCCGAAGUUGCAAGCAGCUCUGCUGGUCCUCUGGGCAGUGCGGCCAAAUCACGCAAGGGCCAUACCCUAGUCACCACCGCCUCAACAGCCGCUGCUACUACCACGAACAGCUCCACUUCUGCAGGCGUCUGUCCUGGUGUUUCUGGCGACGACGAUCUCCUGCUGAGUAAAGGGAGCCGUCGACUUUGCGCUGCUACUGCGAUCACAGUCCCGGCAUGCCGUUUUCUCUCCGUCCGACCUGUCACCGGACAUACGCAGACGACAGUUCCGCUACCAACAGCCUCGGGUACCUGUUGUCUGCACAGUCCACGGGGUUUAAGCGUUUUGCCUGGCAGUGCAGUGGGGCUAGGCUGUCCGCAGGCAGGUCUGACUUCAUCAACUAGUUUGAGGAGGAGAUCAAACUCGAGGCGUGGCUUGACGAUGACGCGGUAA